AAGCUGUGUUCACAUAUUGAUCCACCCUUUGGUGGUUUAUGAUCUGUUUGCCUGCUUGUAUGAUGCGGUGAACAUGAAGAAUAUUGACCCUCUUGGCUUUCCGUAACAUUUUAAUCCCACGUGUAGCCAUAGCGGCUAGUUGAAUAGCAUUAGCUUCUCCUGUCUGGUACCACACUGGAAAGAUGGCAACAGAAGCCAAACGGCAGAAGGUGACUGAUGGUUCAGAGCCUCUGCAGGACUUUCUCCAAUGGUGCGACAGAGUUGGUCUGGUUCUCAGUAAUAAGGUGUACGUGAGUAAAGAGGGAACAGUGGCAGACUAUGGAAUGCUUGCUAAGGAAACUAUAGAGGAAGGCGAGGUUUUAUUCACCAUCCCCAGAUCAGCUCUUCUGCACCAGGGAACAACAAAAGUUUCUGUGUUGUUGGAGAAAGAGAAGUCGUCUCUGGAGAGCUCCUCUGGCUGGGUUCCCCUGCUGCUGGCUCUGCUGUACGAGCACACGUCCUCGCAGUCCCGCUGGAAACCUUACCUCUCUUUGUGGUCUGACUUCAAAGCCCUGGAUCAUCCCAUGUUCUGGUCUAAAGAGGAGCGAGACGAUUUGCUCCAGGGGACAGGUAUCCCAGAAGCUGUGGACACAGACUUAUCCAACAUCCAGCGGGAAUACAAAGAAGUUGUGCUGCCUUUCAUAAAAAAGCAUCCUGAUCUGUGGAACCCCAGCACACACACACUGGAGCUUUACACCCAGCUGGUGGCCUUCGUCAUGGCGUACAGCUUUCAGGAGCCACAAGAGGAGCAGGAUGAGGAUGAUGAUGAUGAGGAGGAGGCUCCCAACCCACCGAUGAUGGUUCCCAUGGCAGACAUGCUCAACCAUGUGUCCAAUCACAACGCUAACCUGGAGUUUACACCAGAAAGUCUGAAGAUGGUUUGCGUGCGCCGCGUUCACCCAGGCGAGGAGGUGUUUAACACCUACGGCCAGAUGGCCAACUGGCAGCUUCUUCAUAUGUACGGCUUCGCUGAACCGUAUCCAAGCAACCGCAACGACACUGCUGACAUCCCUGUCGUCAACCUCUACAAAGCCGCUGUGCAAGGUGUCCAGCCGGAUUUGGACCACCAGCUGAUGGAGGAGCGGUGGGAGGUGCUUUGUCAGAUAAUGCAAGAGAAAGGAGCCUUUGUCUUCGGUAAACAAGGCUGCCUUACUGACUCAGACUUGCACACGGCACUUAAGGUAUUGUGUAUGUCUAAAGAAGAGCUCUCAGAGUUCAAAGACAAUGAAGGAUGGGAGGAAGAUGAUGAGGAUGAUGAGAGGAUUUCUCAGGCUUUCUCCAAUGAAGGUUUUCCUGAAUUAAAGGCUCCAUGGAAACAAUUGAUUCACAAAGCUGCUCUGCUGACUCUGAGGUCCUACAGAGACGGGGAGGUGGAGGGGAAAGUUGUGGACAGUGACCGGGCACUGAUGGAGGACAAGGCGGCGUUUAAAGGACUGAGUUCUCGGCAGCAGAGGGCACUGCACGUCCGCUUGGGACAGAAGAUGAUCUUGAACAGACUGAUGGAGCUCACCAAAUUGUGAGUUGAGGUGUAACAGGGAGGUCAUUUUUGGAUGUUUCUCUCCAUACAAGGAAUAAUUUAAAGAAAAGAAAAACCGCAAAAUACUCAACCAGGUGAUUCUGUGGCAACAGCAGCCUUUUUUUAAAUAGUUAAAUUUCUGUGUUCAGUAACUAUUUGAGUGAG